AUGCGGUCACGUGACCGCAUGGCACUUGCGCCGGGUGGCAAUGGCGGGGUGUUUCGAGCAAUGGCGGAGGAAGGCGUACUGGCAGACAUGCUCUGCCGCGGGAUUGAGCACGUGCACUGUUUCAGUGUGGACAACAGCAUGGUCCGCGUUGCGGACCCAGUUUUUAUUGGGUUCUCUAUCGAGAGGGGCGUCGACGUGUGCGCGAAGGUAGUACGCAGACGGAGGGCGUCAGAGAAGGUCGGGCUGCUCGUGGAGAGGGGAGGUCGGGCAGCAGUGGUCGAGUACAGCGAGAUGGGCGAGGAGGUGAGGGAUGCAGUGGAUGCGUCGGGGGAACUGCGGUUUAGCGCAGCAAACAUCGCAAACCACUACUUCAGCAUGCGGUUUCUCGCGACAAUGGGCGAAUGGGAAGGGCGUCUGCCGUACCACAUCGCGAGGAAGAAGAUGCAAUGCUAUGUGAGCACUGAACAACCGGCUGUCCCAUAUCCACAUGGACACACAGGUGCAUCAUGCGUGUACGACUGCGCAGACAUGCACACGUGUGUCCCUGAGACACCAGAGGGUGUUCACGAAGAGCACACGGGUGUCCCGUGUGGGCACGUGCAGGAGGGAGAGGGGGAGACGGAAGAGAGGAUCGGGAUAAAGCUGGAAAAGUUCGUCUUCGAUGCGUUCUCAGAGGUCGAGCUGGAGCGGUUUGGGUGUCUGGAGGUGGCGCGGUUCGACGAGUUCUCGGCAGUGAAAAACGCUGAGGGCGAGGACAGUGCGGACACCUCGCGGCGGGACAUCCUGAGCCAGGGGCGGCGGUGGGUGGAGCAGGCGGGGGGGGAGGUGGUGGGGGACAUGUAUGAAGGGGUGGAGGUGAGCCCGCUGGUGUCGUAUGCGGGGGAGGAUCUGGAAUUUGUGGAGGGGAGGAAGUAUGUGGCGUUUUCGGUGGUCGAACCGGAGAACACGCAUGUCUUAGCGGAAGAUGAAUGUACAAGAUAA